AUGCCUCCCUCCUCCAUGUACAGCAAGGACGAGAAAGUCCUUUGCUUCCACCAUGAUAUCCUCUAUGAUGCGAAGAUCCUAGAGGUGCGGCCUAAGGACGCCGCCGAUAAGAAGAGCGUCCUCGAGUACCUCGUCCACUAUAAAGGGUGGAAGAACACCUGGGACGACUGGGUACUCGAGGACCGCCUUCGUAAGGCUACCGAAGAGAACCGGGAGCUGGCCGCUAACCUGCGCCGUGAGGUUGAGGCCGCCGCACGCCAGAAGAAUGCAAAGCCGACGGCCAAGAAGCGUGCCAUGUCUGAUCGCAGCUCCGUUCGUGACAGUGAAGAGCGUGGCAACUCGGUGCCUGGCCGGGCUAGCAAGCGGGCUCGAGGCGAGGCCGAUCUUGAGAAGGAGGAAACCUUCCAGUCCCGUCCUUCCAUCCGCAUCGUCAUGCCGGACAACCUGAAGGCCCUGAUCGUCGACGACUGGGAGCGUGUCACUAAGAACGGCACUGUUGUCAAGUUGCCGGCUCCCAAGCCUGUCCGCAAGAUCCUCCAGGACUGGCGCGACGAAGAGGCCCCCAAGCGCACCGAGUGCCGCAUCGAUGUCGACGUCCUGGAUGAGUGUAUCGCUGGCAUCCUCGAGUACUUCGACGUCAUGCUCGACAAGCUCCUGCUCUACCGCUACGAGCGCCCUCAGUAUCGCAUGUUCCGCAAGAAGUAUGCUGGCAUCCCUGGCAAGGACAGCCCCGUUGAUGUCUAUGGUGCAGAGCAUCUCAUCCGCCUCUUCAGCCUCCUCCCCGAGCUGCUUGCUCAGACCAAUAUGGACCUCCAGGCUACCCAGCGCCUGCGCGAGGAGCUCUCCAAGUUCUCGAUUUGGCUGUCCAAGAACUCUGAGAAGUACUUCCGUACUGAGUACAUCUCUGCAGAGGACGCUGUUGUUAAGAAGUCAAUCGAGGAUGCCGACUGA